UAGUCAUUACUAUUAUGUUUAUUACUGCUAUAAAAUUUGUCAUUUAAAAAAGUCUUACAAGAUAUGGAUUUUCUUUCGUGGUCAUCUGAAAAUGAGGAAGAAAACAAUGGAAUUUUAGAAGAAGAUGAUGAUUUUGAUUAUAUGAGUGAUACUGAUGAAAAGUUGAUUUUAAAAUUACACAAAAAGAAGAAUUUUAAAAAGAAGGAAGAAAUUGUUUCUUUGAUACUUCGGUUUAAAACAAGGAUUAUUGCUAUUGAAAAAGAGAAAAAAUCUCAACUUUAUUCGAAGAACAGCUGUCAUCAAAGUUUUGCUUGUUUGGAAGAAGAAGAAAACAAAAUGAAUUAUGAAAGAAAAAAUGAAAAAAAUCAGUUGAAAGAAAGUAUAAAGAAAAUUUCAAUAAAAGUUGAAACUUUAAAAAACGAAAAAUUGUCUCAAAAGAAAAGUACUGCUUUUAUUGAAAAGUUACGUUUAUGUAUAGAAGAUAUAGAAUCUAACAUAAUGCAGCUGAAAGAAAAGCAAAGUAAAAUAUAUGAAGAACUCAAUUUGAAAGAACAGAAGUUAACAGAUAUAGUUAAUGGUUAUGAAAAGAAAUUUGAACAGUGGUCUAACAAAGUAUUUAAAGUACCAAAAGUCAACAUUAAUAACAAUAAAGAUGAAUUUAAAUUACCUGAGGAAGUUAAAGAUUUUGAGGAUUAUAUUAUGCUAACUGGUGGUCAUCAAGGUGGUUGGGAUGACAUUGAUCAUAAUAUUUUUUUAAAGUUAAGGAAACAGUUUAAGAACAAUGAAGAAUUAAUAAAAAAAGCAGAAGAAGAGAUUGCUACACAAUCUCGUGAGGAUAUUAUCCAGCAUAUACAAUGGUUUCAUGAGUAUUCUAAACUAAAAGAGAGAAAAAGAAAAGCCAUUUGCAUGUGGAAAAUCAUGAAACAGCACAAUCGGGAAUCUGCUCUUGCAAAAAAUGAUGAUGAACCAACUGAAGAAGAAAAAAAAAGAGUUCAACGAGAAAUGUUAUUCAAAAAAGAAAGGGAAAAACGCUUUGCAGUACUAGAACAGUGGAAAAAGGAGAAAGGAAAUCAAAAAUUAGAAGAAGAACAUAAUAAAAAAGAAGUUCCAUUAAAUGAUAAAGAAGAACAGAGAAAGAUUCAGUUAAAACUGCAAGUUGAAGAGUAUAAAAAACAUAAAGCUGCUCUUAAACUAGCCAAUGAAAAAAAAGUACAUCGUAAAGUACUAUCUUUAGAACAAAAAGAAAAGAUUUUGGAAAGGAACGAGAAAUUGAUUAGUUUUAAAAGAGAAAAACAGCUGGCAAGAAAAUAUGAACUUGAAGAAAAAGAAAAAAGAUUGGAAAAGCUCAAAGAGAAGGUUGCUGUAAAUGUCAGUCGUGAUCCAGCUCGUUUGUAUGAGCUUACCGAAGUACUAAAGUGUCGACGGGAAAGCGAUAGUCAAAAUAAAGUUUCUUCUGCAAUACCUGAUGUCAGAUUAUUACCUAAAAAAGCCGUGCCUUUAUGGCGAAAAACAUCAAAUUGAAGUUUGAAAAAUGAAACUAAUCAUUUGAAACUAAUUAAUCAAUUGUCAAAAUUUUUCUAAUUUUUGUUUUAUUACAAGAAGUUUUUUA